CAUGACCAGACUGACCACAUCCACAAGAGGCAGGCGAGCUAUCCAUUCCUUCCCACGACACUUCGGAAUUGGAUGGCUUCCUGUACCAUUCCUUCCGUUUCCUGUUUUCAUCCGCUUCGUGCUUCCGCAACUCCUCUUCCCUCGUCUCAGAAAGCCCGCUUCGUUGCUCGCCGUAAGGAAUCCGUUUUAGUUCAACAACUCCAACGUCCCCUAAUUGAAUACAUGAAGUUGCCCGCAAGUCAAUAUUCAGUGUUGGACGGGGAGAGAAUUGUGCGUGUGAGUGAGGAUACAUUCAGGUGUUAUGUUUACACAAUUAAGUUUUUCACUUUUGAGGUUUGUCCAGUUUUGCUCGUCAAGGUUGAACAGCAAUCUAAUGGCUGUUGCAUUAAGCUCUUAUCCUGCAAGCUCGAAGGCUCGCCCAUGGUCGCCGCUCAGAACGAUAAAUUUGACGCUAUAAUGGUGAACCGGAUAUCGUGUGAGAGCGACUCAAAUGAGUCACUGGUGCAGCAACUCGCAUCAGACACUGUAAUUGAGGUAAGUAUUGAGAUUCCUUUCGCGUUCAAAGCGAUUCCAAAGCAAGCGAUUGAAUCUGCUGGGACUCAAGUCCUUGAACAGAUACUCAAGAUUAUGCUUCCCCGUUUUAUGUCACAGCUUGUGAAAGAUUAUCAAGCCUGGGCCACUGGAAAUACCUCAAGACAACCUCUUGGGACAGGUGAACUCUGAAAUAAUGGGUAGUGUUUGCCACUGGUGCAGGUUUUAAUUUGUAGUGUUGAUAUGUUUGUCUAUAUAAAUAAUGUUUGUAGUUUGUGCAUUGAUGAAUUAUUGGUUUGUUAUUUAAGUAAAUAUAAUUUUUUUUUCCUGA